CUCUCUCUCUCUUGAGCAACACACAAGACAGAGCAGAAAAAGGAAGACGAUGUUGGGCGGUAGGAAAACGACGGCUUGCGACGAAGAGGUGGCCGAGUCCAAGGCGGUGGAGAACGGAACCACCGCGAGUGUGCCGCAGGCGCCCAACUCAUCAUCAUCUCAACUCGGCGCCUUGCUCCGUAAAGCUGACGUGGCUCACGUGUGCCUGAGGCUGCUCUGCAUGGCGUCCUCCGUCACGGCGCUGUCGUCCAUGCUCACCGCCCGGCAAGCCAGCAUCGUCACCAUCUACGGUUUCCACCUCCCCGUUUACUCCAAGUGGUCUUUCGCCCAGUCCUUCGUAUACGUGGUUGGAGUUACGGCAGCUGUCACGGUUUAUUCAUUGCUGCAACUACUGAUAAGUGGAUCUAAGCUGGUGAGGAAGUCUCCGAUGAUUCCCUCAAGGAAUCAUGCCUGGGUUAGCUUUGCUGGGGAUCAGGUAUUUGCAUAUGCACUGAUGAGCGCAGGGUCAGCUGCAUCUGGAGUAAGCAACCUGAACCGCACAGGAAUCCGGCACACACCACUCCCAAAUUUUUGUAAACCGCUAAAUAUCUUCUGCAACCACAUUGCCAUCUCCAUAGCCUUCACUUUCUUAAGCUGCCUCUUGCUGGCCACAUCUGCUGUUCAGAGUGUCAUCUGGCUCUCCAACAAUUGAGCUACCUUGCUUAUUUGUUUCCACGCAGUUCUUGGUUUACGUAGUCACCCGCUUUCUAGCUAUAUCAUAAUUCCUAUAACAUUAAGCUAUUUAAGCAUUUUUUGUCUUAAGCCGUCAUGUACUUCCUAUAUAUUUCC